AUGACUACCCAGGUGUUGAUAGCCCACACGGGCCAGCGGUUGCAGGUCGUCGACACGGCUCAGUUCUCGUCACUCGAUGAGUUCAAGAGCUGGGUGGCCCGCCAGACUUCUAUACCAUCGCACCAGCUCGUCGCCUUGACGGGACAGGGCAAGACUGUCAAGGUGGCGAGGCUGCACCAGGAGGGCGAAGUCUACGUCUAUGAUCUCAGAGUCACAUCAGCCACACCUGGCGCUGCCGAGUCUCUCGUCUCCGAAGUCCCCGCCCCGAAACGAUACUCGGUUCCCAAGGCUCCCGACUACAUCGACAACAGCCAUGACAUGGCGGCGUGGCAGACGCUGUGCCGCGAGCGGCAAGCUUGGGCGCUGGGCCUCGCUGCUGACGCGGCGCGCAUGGAGGAGACGACGCGCGAACGCUACAGCGAGAUGGACGUCAUGAUCAAGUGCCUCGACGCAGCCGUCGCCAACCUCGAACUCAGCAUCAAGAAGAUCGAGCCUCAAUAUGCGGAGCUCAAGAAAUACGUCAAGCCCGCGUUGGAGGAACAUACCCAGCUGGCGAGCAACUGGGAGCAGUACCUGGAUCUCGCGAAGAAUGUCCCCAUUUCGGCAGACAUGGUCAACUUCAUGACGUCCAAGGAUGUCAAGAAGAAACAAGCAACGCUGGACGACUUGCUGCAGCUCGACACGGUGAAGAAGGCGGGUUCGCUGGCGGCUGCAUCGGAAAAGAAGUUUGCGCGGAAAGCCAGCGACCUGGACAAGGCUGUCGACACCAUGUACCAAGGGCUGGAACAUCUGAUUGGCGAGUUCGAAAAUCUGGUGAGCCGCUCGGCUUUGUCGCACAGCGAGGAGGCCGGGCAGCUUCUUCAGGAUAUUGAGGCUGUUGUGGGCAAGAUUGAUACGGAUGCCCAGAUUGUCCAAGAGUACGGCCAGCGCGACCUUGCGCAAGCCUCCAAAACGGCACAGAAUCAGACGGAACGACUCAUCCCAAGUUUGAGGAAACGCGCGAAAGAGAUGGACGACAUGCUUGUGUAUGCCACGUCUGCGCGCAACACCAUUGCGGCGGACGCCGUCGACUUCAUGCGUACGAUCAACGAUAUAUCAAACCUACAUGGCGACGUCAAGACUCAGUGCCAAAAUCUCCGGGAGUCUGAUGAGGACAUGACAACGUUUGAUUACCUUCGGUUGAUUCACCAAUUGCCAUACAUGUAUUCCUCUUUCGUUGGCGAAGCCAUUCGGCGACGAGAGUGGACGGAGAAGGUGAAGACUGACUCUUCAACCUUGGCCAACGAGAUGGCACUCUUCCAAGACGAGGAGUCGAAACGCCGAAAAAAGUGGCAGAAGAGUAUCGGCAGUACAUAUGGGCCUGAUAGCUUCAGCAAUACCAUCUUGGGACUAGAGGUGAACCUGCUAGGCGAGGAAGAGGAGUGGCCAGUCAUGGCGAAGUCCGACCUAGAGGAGUUUCUCGGGCACCUCAAGCAGCAGCAGACUGAGACCGCAUUACUAGAAGAGGUACAGGAGCUUGUGAAUGAGCUCAAUGCGCCGACAAAGCAGCAGUCGAAACGCGUCAAGGCUUUCAAGAAUGGAAGUGUUCAUGAGGCAGCACUGGGCAGGAGUGGCUUGAUGAUCCGCGGCGAUGAUGACUUGCUCCGAACGCUGCAAGAAGACAAGAUGAAGCUUGAGAACAGGCUCAAGACGGCCGAAAGCAGAGUAAGACGUCUCGAGGACCUCCUUCACCGAGGUCAGGCAACACGCCCAGGCCUAGGGUCUCUGUUCGGACACGACCGCAACGACUCUACGGCUUCGAUCAAGUCGACCCCUAUGUCCGAGGAGCGGCGCCAUUCGUCGGCGGGUACAGACAUACUGCAACAGAGGAUACAGCAGCUUGAGACGGAUGUGGCUGCCGAAAGGGAACGCUCUACCGUGCUGGAGAAAGAUCUUCUCGCCCAGAUGACGCAGCACAAGGACACCAAGGGUCUGAUGGAGGAGGCCAACAUUACGAAGAAGGACCUGCUUGGAAACAUGGAGGCACUCAAACGAGAAUUUGUCGAGGAGCGUAAGUCGCUCGAAGAUGAGAUUAAGACCCUGAAAGCUCGCAUCGAAGAGAACGAAGACGAGAUGGAAAACUUUGGCGAGUCCCGGGAGAAUGAGAAGGCGACAUAUGAUGGCCGUGUCUCAGCGCUUGACCAGGAGAUCGAGAGGCUUCGCAAGGAACAGAAGGAUGAGACACUCAAGGCUCAAGGUCAAGUCGAAUUUCUUCGCAACGAGGCCAGACUACAGCGCGAGCAAAACGAAAGUCUCGAGAAGCAGCUUCAGGCAGCGCUUGACGAGAACAAGACGGCCCUGGCAGAGCUCGACAUCUUAAGGGAAUCGAGUGACUCUCAACGCAAGGCACUACGCAGCCUUCAUGAGCAGCUUGCUCCGAAUGACAGGCUCCCCGAAGACAUGCUCGAUCUGAUCGACGCCACGCUGGCGCGGUCAGCUGAAGUGGUCGCCAGACUGCAGUCUUCAGAUAACGACAAGACUGUUCUCAAGUCUAACAAUGAAAAAAUGCACGAAGAGCUAACGACUCUCAAGGAUGAGCUGGCUGAGUCCCAGAAACAAGCUGCUACGAAAGAAGAGUCAGCGAUGCACCUUCGAGAAAGUCUGGACGAAGAGAAAGCCAAAGUCAGUGCUCUCGAGAAAGAUGCCGCUGGCGCUCGCAGUCAGCUGGACGAACUUCGCGCAAAAAUUGCACACGGCGAGACGGGCUCAGAAAGCUUGCGGAAGCAACUGGACGAAGUUGAGCAGAAUGCCAGAACCAUCAGCGAAGAACUUGCUUCCAAGCAAUCACAGGUGGGCAGCCUCGAAGAGGAGCUUCACAUGUACCGCGAAAAGCUUCAGGUGUCACAGGAUCAUUACUCGGCGCUGACAGGAAGAUUUGACGCGCGGACUGGCCACACGAAGGACUUGACGCAGCGUAUUUAUGCUCAGAACGAUCGAAUGUGUCGACUUUUGGAACGGCUUGGCUUCGCUGUUACUCGCGACGAGUCCUCCUCGGCCAUGACCUUUACCAAGGUCCCCAGAGCCGAACGUGGCUCCAUGAGCCAGACACAAGUUGCCAAUGACUCGUCCGACCCAGGGCAGCCAUCGAUCCGCCGUUCUUCCACGUUUCAGAGCCGCAACUUGGCUGACAGUACCGACCUGGAACUACUGUACUGGAUGAACAGUAGCGAGAUUGGAGCUGAGCAGAACAAGUACGAUGCGUUUAUAAAUAAGUUGGGCCACUUUGAUAUGGACCAGUUCGCUGAGACAAUUUACCGCCGCGUCAAGGACGUUGAGCACCUGGCACGGAAGCUUCAGCGCGAUUCUCGUGCUUAUCGCGAGAAGGCUCGCUCCUUGCAAAAGGAUGCUCACGAGAAGAUUGCUUACAAGCACUUCAAAGAGGGUGAUCUCGCCCUCUUCCUUCCUACAAGGAAUCAAAGCUCCGGGGCUUGGGCUGCCUUCAACGUUGGUUUCCCGCAUUACUUCCUGCGCGAGCAGGAUAGCCACCGACUGCGGUCACGCGAGUGGCUCGUGGCGCGCAUCUCGCGGAUCGAGGAGCGAGUUGUUGACCUCUCCAAGAGCCUCCACAGGCAGCUUCCGGACACGGACUCUUUUAACGACGAAGACGAUAAUCCGUUCCAGCUGUCCGAUGGACUGCGGUGGUACAUGAUCGACGCUGUGGAGGACAAAGCCGGGGCGCCGUCGACACCUGGCCUCGGCAAGUCGACCAUCGCCACGAAUAAUGUCGAGGCUCGCGCCGACAUGCAUACCCACGCGCAAGCCAGCGCAAAGGACAAACAACGGGCCGCGGGCCACAGCAUCGAGGGCGUCAGUAAGGCGCUGUCCAAGAGCUUAGAGAGUCGGCGUAGCAGCACGAAUUCGAAGAAAGCCCUACCCCUGGGUGCGGGUGCGCAUCUUCUCAAAGGCAACGCUGUGGCGAGCGAGACCAACUCCCUGCGUACGGCGCCAGCGGAGAGUCCGCCUGCGCAGGAGCCGCAGGCGCCGGAGGCCGAGGCGUCUGGCCCAACACUCGCACGCGAGACGAGCGGUGUUAGUGAAGCGGCAUCGAAGAAGAGUGUGGUGUGGGACCCGCUAUGGAGCGUGGAUGUAGCGUUUGAGAGUGGAGGGAAGCCGACAUGA